AUCCUGGCCUAGGGAGGUCUUCACCGUAGGUUUGCAGGUCUGCGAUCUCAGGUGGCAUUUCCCGAGCACCUAAAGCCCCAGACUCGAACUCCUCUCUCAAGAAGGGCGAGAAAAGGCUCGUGAGAGGCAGAGCCGACCACAGGCUUUGAGACCUCUGUGAUCUGCUGCGGGGGAGGCUGAAAGGGAAAAGUCUUGUGUGGAGUCGUUCAGGAGGUGUGGAUGCGACCUUGGCCUUGUGGCCAGAAUGUAGGUUAGAGACAGGGCAUCCUGAAAGCGGGAUGUCGUCUCUCUGCAGGCGUCGUCAAGGUUAUGGAUGAAGUCUAGAGCAAAAAGAAAAUGGGAUUUCAUAGGAGCUGUACGUAAUCUCUUGAAGGCAUGUAGCUAUGCGGAUCCAAACCAGGACACUUUUAAGAGUGAAAAAUGGCACCGGAGCAACAGGCCUAAGCCAGGACUCUCUCAGGCAAACUGUGCCCUGUGGGGACCCUAACUGUAGCUCCUCCCUAUUGGCCCAUUUAGAAGGAGCCUCCCAUCCUGGGCCCAGCAGGGUUUAUCCACCUACUCAUUAAUCACAUACAAGAGAAGAGACGUUUCUCCAGCUCGGAAAAUCAUCGGUGCUGCUUCCAGGCAGAGAGUGGACUGGAUGUUGAUGAGCCUCAAAUUCGUUUUGGUCGUCUCUACCUGUAUAGUUUCAAUGAGGACAGCUCUUCUUGCCCCCUGGUUGAGGUCCAAAGAAGAGAUACUUCGGCGAUCCUGGACAUGAAAUGGUGCCACAUUGCUGUGGCCGGCCAUGCGCUCUUGGGAGUGGCACAGGCUGCUGGGUCCAUAGAGCUACUCCGCUUGGUGCGAUCCGAGAACUCUUACACACUACAGCCGUUCUCCUGCUUUGCCCUGGAAAAGCAGUGUCUGGCCUUGUCCUUGGACUGGUCCACUGGGAAAGCCGGAAGAUUUCCCCACUGCUUCCCUGUGUCUAGGGCCGGUGACCAGCCCUUGAAGAUCAUUAGCAGCGACUCCAGUGGGCAGCUCCAUCUCCUGCAGGCGUACCAGGCAGGGCCAGGAAUGCAGGCCGUGGGCACGUGGCAGGCCCAUCACUUUGAGGCCUGGGCUGCUGCUUUCGAUUACUGGCAGACGGAAGUCGUGUAUUCAGACCACGUUCAUCCCCCAUCCGUCGUGUCUGAUACGGGGAUCUGUGGUGUGCUCAGUGGGGACGAUGGCCUUCUGAAAGGCUGGGACACCAGGACCCCUGGCACACCCGUGUUCACAAGCAGGAGACACUCCAUGGGCGUGUGCAGCGUCCAGAGUAGCCCCCAUUGCGAGAACGUCUUGGCCACGGGAAGCUACGACGAGCACGUUCUUCUCUGGGACACUCGGAGCGUGAAGCAGCCGUUGGCGGACGUGCCCAUGCAGGGCGGGGUGUGGAGGCUCAAGUGGCACCCUUUCCACCACCACCUGCUCCUGGCAGCGUGUAUGCAUGGUGGCUUUACAAUCUUCGACUGCCAAAAGGCAAUAGAGGAGAAUCAGGAAGUGCUCCCAGUCACUCUGUCCUACACCUUGCCCAACUCGCUGGUGUAUGGAGUCGACUGGUCCUGGCUGUACUUCCGCCGCUUGCCGCAGACCCAUCCGUCAUUCUGCUUGGGGUCCUCUCCUGGCAGCGACCCAGGAGGCAAAACAGCAGACCCAGUCUGUUCCCUGAAGGAUGUGGCCCAGUCGCCAGCACCCUGUUUUGAGCGUUUAGCUGAUGCUGAUGGAGAGGGUGGUACCAAACACCAGAGUGGAGGCAAGCUGAAGACUCCUCUCCAGCCCUUUGCAGAGGACAAGGACGGCGGCCGGCUGCGUGCCUCAGGGGUCCAGAUCUGUGAGCGUGGCCACUCUCUGGAGGCAGCUGACUCUGACGUCAGCCUUGUAGCCACUUGCUCCUUUUAUGAUCAUGUUCUUCACCUCUGGAAGUGGGAGAACAGCUGAGCUAGGGCAGUUACUUGGUUUGACAUCAUAAAGACCAUUUCCACCAAUAAAACCAAGAGUAUGUCUUUAUCUUUUCUGAGAAUGAAGU